AUGGCCUCCCAGAUCAGUCAGAACUAUCACCAGGAUUGUGAAGCUGCUGUCAACAAGCAGGUUAAUGUGGAGCUCACUGCCUCCUAUCUCUAUCAGUCUUUGAUGUCCUACUUUGACCGGGAUGAUGUUGCCCUCCCCCAUGUCUCCCAGUUCUUCCAAGAUCAGUCCCAGGAGAAGCAGGAACAUGCAGAGAAGCUGCUGAAAUUCCAGAAUCAGCGUGGAGGCAGAGUCCUCCUCCAGGAUGUGAAGAAGCCAGAGAGGGCUGAGUGGGGUAACAGCCUGCAGGCAAUGCAGGUUGCCCUGGAUCUGGAGAAGAAUGUGAACCAGAGUUUGCUGGAUCUACACCAACUCGCCACAGCCCAGACUGACCCUCAUCUGUGUGACUUCCUGGAGACCCACUAUUUGGAUGAGGAGGUGGAGAUCAUCAAGCAACUUGGGGACUACAUCACCAACCUGAAGCGCCUGGGAGCCCCUGAGAAUGGGAUGGGAGAGUACCUGUUUGACAGGCUCUCCCUGACAGCUGGACGCUGCAGGUUCUCACCAAUAGGCCUAUGGGAAGAGAUAUCAGGCUCUGCUUUCUGCCCAGGUGCAGGAAACAGCUCAGCUGGGACUGAGAUGAGUUCAACCUGA